AUGUCUAAAUGGCCAGCAUCUUAUGAAAUUGCUCCAGAAGGGUCUAUCAAACACGUCAAGCAAACUAAUGCAAUGGUUACAGCCCAGACUAAGAGCUUCCUCGAUCUCCAGGCGCAGGUGGACUGGGAGGAGAUGAUAGACGAGGUAGAGGACGAAGAAGACGACAAUGCCUUUGUAGUCCCCGAUGAUCAGGCUUCUGAUAAUGAUCAAUCAUCAUCAUCAGACCCCCUGCAAAACGAGGCAGCAUGGGAUAUCCUGCAGGCAUUUCUCAAAACUGACAUGCAGUACGAUGAAAUGGAGAGGCAACUUGUUUCAUACCUCGAUGAGCAAUAUCAUGCAGAGGACUGGACGGAGGCGAAGAGGGUCUUAUUCUCGGGCGAUGGGGACAAUCGGCUGUCCUUGAUCAAUCUUCUCGCUCUCAAGGAACAGCACAUUGCACCAGCGAAACUGGCGCAGCUCUCAAGUGGGUCAAACCUUCAGCGUGGACUUACUUGGCAGGACAGGGUCCAACGAAUUCAAGAUAAGUAUGCAUCAAGUUCUACGUUGUUGCCAGUCCAACCUUCGCUGCGACGUGUUCCUUCGUCCGGCGAGUACACACGGGACAUCAUCAACAAAUAUAUGUCCAACAAAAUCAGUUCUAGUCAUGCCUAUUUCCUCAUGGAGACAGAAUUUUCUGAUGACUCAACGUUGAUGAGUUUUUGGGAGUCCGUACUGGACGCCGUCGUGGACGCUGACACAAGUGAGGCAAAACGUCAGGUAUUUGCCAAGUGGACAUCGGACGUAGAACAUGUGAUGUCACACGCAGCACAAUCAACAACCUUCGCCCAGCCUCAACAAGGAGAAAGAGUGCUCGAGAAGCCCACAAGUACUCAAGAUGUUGAGAAAAUGGCAACACCUGACCUCCCAACGUGGCUUGUCACAGUGCCCUCGUCCAAAACAUCUUAUUUAGCAACGCAGCUGAAAAAGAAGGGUUUUGAAGUCUAUACACACUCAACCCUCCCAGGUCAUUUCUGUGUCAAGGCCGAAAAUACUUACGUUAUCAGGGAAGCUUGGCCCUCCUCUCACAUCCACUGCUACUUCAAUGUUCUUUUUAUCCCUCCGAAGGACCAGACCUUGAGCAAACCUAGCGUGGCAAUUCCUGGCUGGUAUCAUCCCAUACGUGGCCAGUAUUGGCAUGAUGUGGGAUACGGACACUCUUAUGAUCCGGAAUCCGACAUCAUCACAAUCUUAGUUGCAUCCAGGGCACUCACAAGGCAGGGUGUCAGGGUGGACUCUCACAUGCCGCGCCUGUACGAUACUCCUAAUGGCCUGUUGACCUGUGAAAAUCGAGGCAAGACAUACAUACAUGGUUUUCUGGCGCUUAAAUUGCGUAGAACUGCAGUUGUUGAAAUCCCCAUUCCCGCCCCAGAUAACAUUUUAUUCCACAAUGAAUCGAAAUGCAAUCCCACAUUCGUACAGUCUACAUUGCAUGCAUAUGCCUCACAACACUUGGUGGAAGGCGACCUCGUAAGGGUUAGAGCAGGGGAAAUGGUUGGAUGCACCGCCAAGAUUGAUUGCAUUGACAUGGGUACCCAUUUGGCAUCAGCAUACAUGGAGGAUUCAUUGCACGUGGAGAAAGUCUCUCCCAGACCACUUAUGUUUUCCCUCGUUGAUUUGGAGAGGAAAUUUCGGGUGGGGGACAAUGUUUGUGUGCUUGAUCAUAGCAUAGUGGCGUCGGCUUUCAAGGGGAAAAAUGGCAUUGUCGUUCAAAUCGAUGAGGACACUGUUGUUGUACACGACCAGUCUUCUCAGUGCCAGUUCACUGUUGCAAUCGACUCUUUGGCGACGUUCAUCGGGGAUUUCACUAAAAAGGAUCCUGCUAAUGUAACAACCGUCAUUGAAACUCCAAUGAAAGGGGAUCAUGUCGUUGUAACCGAGGGUUUCUAUGCUUGUGAAUUUGGGGAGGUCUCCGAGGUUGACCUCAGGACCCAAAUGCUCGUGUUCUUCUCGGAAUCACAACAAUUACGCAUCACGGUGCCCAUACGUAUGACGGCAUUCAAUCCUAAUCCAGCUGCACUUCGACACACUCCCGAGCGCGGAUAUGACCUUGUAGCUGGUGAUAUCAUUCAAGUGGUUAGAGGCAAGCGGCUCUGUGCGUCAGGCAAGGUCUUGCACGUCAAUCUGGAUAAUUCAACUUUGACGUUUGAAGACAUGCCCCACACCGAGUUCACCACCCGCAUAACAUAUGUUGCAAGAAUUGGCAGGAAAGGGGAUCGUGAUCUGAUGCAGGACUGUAUUGGCAAAGAUGUCAUAAUAAUAUCUGGUCCAAUGAAAUCCUAUCGAGGCACGUUGCAUUCGCUCUCCCAGGACAAAUGCCAGGUUGCCAUUGUUCAGGGUUCAAAACAAGAAUUCCGCCGGUCUGGAGUUCUCCUCACUGGUGUUCGCUUGCCUUAUAAGCUCCAAAUGGAUUUUAACAAAUUAGUUCGGUCUUUGUUUAUCCAGUCCCCGCAUGUGACCCCCCCUCGCACUCCUCGUCACUCACCUCCUCCCGAGGCAUCACGUUCUGAUCUGCCUACUGAUGCUACACUACAAUCAUGGGAUGCCCCCGCAGAGUCAGUGUUGCUAGAACUGAAUCGCCAACAAGAUCUUAGUUCUGCCUCUCAGGACCCUUGGACAAUCAAUGAGGCUGACAAGGAAGACUUACAAUUGCAUCCUGCUAAUGCGAGUUCAUCGUCCUCUCUUGCAGAUAGCCUGACCAGCAUGUUCCACGAUACUCAUAUUGCUGGCUUGUGCUGCAAUUGGCACAUGAAGUUACACGUAGUAAAGACAUCGCCUGCCACAUGGUUUAACAACUUCAUGGAUCGGCUCGUGAAUACGGUCGCCCUGGACCCAUUCGUCCUCUCUAAUUCGCUGGUCAAACAUGGCAAAAUUGCCAUCAGAUAUUCUUCCAGAACGAAGAACACUGGGAUGAAGGUGGAUACAAUUCCUCUAGAAUUUCUCACCCCGGAACCUCCGACAGGAAAAAACAGGAAAUUCACUUUGAUCCGAGGCGAAUUCAUGGGCAGCGUUCAUACUACGAUGCUUAGGCAAUGGCACGGGUAA